AUGUGUAAAAGAGAAAGAAGUUACUCUUUACACAUAAAUGGAGGAGGAGGCCCUUCAAAACCACUGCAGAAGAAUGAUUUCCUGUGUCCGAAACAAACCUCCUCCUCCUCCUCGAGGGGGAGACACGCGCAGCACCGAGGAGCCAAUGGGAGGGAGAGGAGGACCGGAGUUGUAGCCGGAGACGAGUUCAGAGAUCUCCGGGAAUGUAACGUUGACCUCCCUUUCCCAUACUCCACGUCCUCCCCCAAUCUCAUAUGUCAAGGUCCCGAAGACCUGGCCGUCCCCCCUCGACUCCUCUUAAUGCUGAAGCUCAAAACGUUCAACGAGAAGAUGAAACGGGCUGCAGAGGUGGAGCUCCACGACCCCGCAGUCUGCUGUGUGUGUGAGCGACAACAGGCUUCUCUGGCCUUGGAAAGUUUUAUCAGGAGGAAGAAGACACAACUGCAGUUCCAAGCACUGAAGGGCAGACUGAACACACACUUGAGCUAUCGAGAGUGUGCACGUUGGGGGAGUUUGGGAGAAAUCUCCCAAAGCCUUUUGAUGCCCACCACUGGAUUUGGGAGGAACAACUUGGUUUGUGCGGGUCACAGCAACCUAGGGUUGCCUUAGCAACAGCUAAGGAACGUAGAGUUACCCUAGCAACAGAUGAAAUGAGGGGUUACCCUGACAAAAACGCUACAGGUACUCAUUUAACGAGACCUCGCUGUGCUUUUCCAGACAGAUAGCUGAAGACCUGAUGGGCACAGUAUUAAUACAACGAAAGGUAUAAUAUUGUGUUGCUGUCAAAAAUAUUCCUAUCUCUAUAUUUUGACACACAGGCUAAACCCGCCCAUUUGCCCAGUACAUACUUAUCCAUAUGCGUCCUUGGUUACUCCUCAGCACAGCUACAGCUGUAUGUAUUGGUGUGAUCGUGAACACAGCUGUGUUUAUGAUCACAAAAACAAGUCUAGCCUUUGUUUUUGAGUGUAAAAAGGACCAUGUUGAUAACAAGGUUAGUACAAAACAUCUAUUUAUUUUCUUAUCACUGUACUAAAGUUAAACACACAACACUUUUCAGAGCAGAUGAGUCUGGCCUUUUCACUUGAACAAUGUAAACAUUAAAAGAUUGUGUUUCUUCAAUUAAACCUAUUUGUUUUUUCAUUGGCACAAAAUAUUACACAACAGACAGCCACGGAAGCACACAUGCAUUG